CUCCCCCAAAGCAGACACAACACAGAGCGCUGUGUGAUGAGAAGAUAGUGCCAACAGAGUUCCAUUCCUAGCUUGAUACGGGGGUUCUGCGGGGGUGUAGUGCAAUCACUCGUUGAAAGAGGAGGCAGGACAUCGCGACGUCGCGUUUCGUUUCUCGCUUUAUUUUUGUUGUACUAAUUUAGCAUGAAAUUGACCGAGCGCGUAUACAAGGGUAGUUACUAAUUGAAAGGGAAACCGCGGACGGGUCUGAACAAGCCUAUCGUUCCCGUGUCACAGGUGUCGUCGCCGUAAGUUACUACUUUAAUAUAGACUUACACAGGUUUCAUAAGUUCGGACCGCACUGACCUGCAGCGCAUUACGAUGGGAUCUCACGGCAUAGUCGCCGCUCCGCAACCAGCAGCCGGAAUGUCAACAGCGAGUUUGGACCCAUUCGACAAGAUGUUGCAGCGAAGCAUUCAGGAGCUUCGCGACCUCCAACCCACCCUAUUGGACGCUGCCACGUAUGCAGAGGAGGCCUAUCUUGUCACGGACCAGAAGGACAUAGAGCUCAACAACGUGCGUGACUACGCAGUGAGCAUGCUGGUGUCAGUGGUGGACCGCAUCGGCUCUGCUGCGGACCGCUUCACAGACGCCGUCUCGCAGCAGGCCAAGGAGCUGGCUGCUGCUGACGUCAGAGUGGCGUCAGCUGCUGAGCGCGUGCGAGCAUGUUGGGAGUACUCUGGUCGCAAUGCACUGAACCGACAGCAGCAGCCCAAGGCAUCAAGCCGCAUGCCCAAGAGCUACACGCUGCCAGGCGAAGCAACAGCAGCAGCAACACCAGCACUGGCAGCAGCACGAGCACCAUCAGUAGCACCACCAGCAGCAGCAGCCUCUAUGGAAAGAGAGUGUUUUCAGUACGGGUCGGGCUAUUCCACGUCCCCCACUCGAGGCGCUCGAGGCUCUUCUUACACGGCCUGCUCCUCCUCUUCGCUCCUGUCCUCCAUGCCUCUUGCUCCCCCUUCAGAAAGUCUUGACAGCCUCGCCUCGUCCUCCACUAUCCCUCACUUGGCCACGGCUGGUGUGCCUUCCGUCCGUGCAUCGCUUGACUGCCUAGCCGGCCUGCCCUCCUCCUCCUCCUCUCCCUCCUCCUUUCCCUCCUCCUUUCCCUCCUCUACGGCCCCCCUCUCCUCCUCUUCCACACUCUCCUUCAACCCAUCAGCAACAACCCCACACUCGGCUGACAAACUACUGUCUAGAAAACACUCAGUCUCACCUAACCUCUCACACUCGCACAACCUCUCACACUCGCCCAAUCUCUCACACUCCCACAAUCUCGCCCACUCUCACACCCUCUCUCACUCCUCUAACCUCUCUCGCUCGCACAACCUUUCACAGCCCCACUCCUCCCACUCUGGCCUCAUGCAUUCCCUCUCCCACUCGCUCUCGCAACACAUGGGAGGGCACAGGGGUUCCCACUCUCGGAAUACUGUCAAGGAUCCCACCACCCCCAAGGCCCAGUUCCCCCUCACCUCUGCGCUCCAGUCAGGAGGAGGGGCCGCAGGUGCUGAUGGCGUGGAGAGCAGCGAUAGGCGAUCGACGACGCCACACCGGCGCAGCCGCCAAAUCCUGAAAAAUAUGUUUUCGCGUGGUGCUGGUGGUGGUGCUGCUGGUGGGGGUGGUGGUGGUGAAAGUGGUACUGGGGGGCAUGCCAAUACUGAAAGAGGCUAAGAGCGUGUUCCUAUGAACCUCUUCCCAGGAGGCGCCUCUAAGGCGCAGUUCCCCCUCCUCCACGCUCCAGUCAGGAGAAGGGGCCGCAGGUGCUGAUGGCGUGGAGAGCAGCGAUAGGCGAUCGACGACGCCACACCGACGCAGCUGCGAAAUCUUGAAAAACAUGUUUUCGCGUGGUGAUGGUGGCGGUGGUGCUGGUGCUGGUGCUGGUGGGGAUGGUGGUGGUGCUGGUGCUGGUGCUGGUGGGGGUGGUAAAAGUGGUAUUGGGGGCCAUGCUGGGGGCCAUGCUAGGGGGGGCCGUGCCGGUAAUGAAAGAGGCUAUGACCGAGGGUUUUCUGGACAUUUGUGAUGUGAUGAUGCGUCAGUUUUUGGCACAUAAAAAAAUCCGCGUGUGAUCAUGAGUCUACUCUUGAGGUGCCUCAAAAAGUGGUAUUGGGUGUUAAACUAAGCUAGGUAGGAGGGAAGCCAUGGAAUGGCGUGAGGUUUAGGAAGGAGAAAGUUGACGAGAGAAAAGAGGGUCAGAAUAGAAAGAGAGGACACAAGGAGGGGAUUGUACCCUCUACAGUAGAGUUCGAUAGCAUAUCAAGCAUACAUAUACACACACACAUAUAUAUAUAUAUAUAUAUAUAAUUUGAUACUGGGGGCCAUGGUCUCAGAUAUCAGACGAAAUCCGUCUGAUGGUCUGAAAAUCAGACCUGUUUUUUUGCUUUCAUCUGAUUUUUUGACGGGGUGAAUUAUUUCAUCUGAUUGUCCAUCUCAGUCAUAAGAUUUCGUCUGAAAGUUCAGACUUGGUGUACUUUUUCGUCUGAAAUGUCAGAUAG